AGGUAGAGGAUGCCAUGCUAAUGUUUGAUAAAACUACAAACAGACAUAGAGGCUUCGGCUUCGUAACGUUCGAGAAUGAAGACAUUGUAGAGAAAGUCUGUGAAAUUCAUUUUCACGAAAUCAAUAAUAAAAUGGUAGAAUGUAAGAAGGCUCAACCAAAGGAGGUGAUGUUUCCUCCAGGCACGAGGGGGAGGGCGAGAAGUCUUCCCUACACCAUGGACGCCUUCAUGUUGGGCAUGGGCAUGUUGAGUUAUCCAAACAUUGUGGCAACGUAUGGUCGUGGAUACACAGGAUUCUCUCCUAGCUACAGUUACCAGUUUCCAGGUUUUCCAGCGACUGCGUACGGACCGGUGGCGGCGGCAGCAGUGGCGGCAGCACGAGGCUCAGGGUUUCCAGAUUAUGGCUUUUACUCUGGGCCUGGAGACCAGCGGGCCGCCCCCUGCUCCUUUGCUGAUUAUGCCACCCUGGGACCCCAUACAGGUCAGAUGCUGCAGAGCGAGCACGUCACCUCCACCUGCAACUCUCCGUCCCAGCACCACCCAAGCCCGGACCACUUUAAAAGCUCAGGUGCUAACCCUCCUCGGCCUGGAGGUUUCCCCGGUGCGAACAGUCCUGGCCCCGUGGCAGACCUGUAUGGCCCCAGCAGUCAGGACUCAGCAGUGGGAAAUUACAUCAGCGCUGCCAGUCCUCAGCCAGGCUCCGGGUUCAAUCACAGUAUCGCGGGUCCUUUGAUUGCCACAGCAUUUACAAAUGGGUACCACUGAAAGCUAGCUGAAGACGAGGCACCAACUCUUUGAAGAGUUUGUCUGGAGGCCCUGGGAAAACAUCCGGAGUCUCUGAUUGGUUCGUGUACAGUUGAUGUCAUAUAAAGACUUCAAGCACUACAGGUUCUGAUUGGUCAAAGGAGAGACGAGGAGGGUGGAACCAAAUAAAGUGGACAAGAACAAACACGAUCAUCUCAGAAAACCAACAUCGCAACUGCUGUAACUACUCCAACCCUCCUGUCUCUGCAGGACUUCUCCCUGUUUUUAAUUGAUUUUUACACGCGCUUCUCUUCCUUUCUGUCAGCUUUUGAAAUGACUUUGGCUUUUAGAGACACACUUGUAGAUAAGCGAGUUGUUCAGCCGUGAUCUUUUUUCACUCAUUUUUAGUGUUCGCUAGUCUUGUCAAUUUUUUUGCGCUCAUGGACAGACGCCACAUUGAAAGACAUCCAUUGGGGGAAAAAAAGAAAAUAAUCUUAGUAGCUGUUUUUAAUUGUGAAGUCUCAUUGUGGAUCAUGAUGACCUAUUUUUGGGCAAUACAGAGGGAGAGGACUCCAAUAUUUUUAUGGUCCUUUUUAUAUAUAUAUACACACAUAUAUAUAUCUAUCUAUCAAUGUGUUGUUGUUGUCGUCAUUUAGAAAAAGAAAAAAGUAUACUGUACAAUGUUUUUUUUAAAUGAAAACAUGGUGGUUUCAAAUAUAAGAGACAGAAAUGUAACUGUAAAUAUACGUCACCGCAUAUUAACCAGUUCAGACUUAUUUUUCUGAUGGUUUAAAAAAAAAAAUCAGGGUGAAAUACAAAUGUUUGACGCAAUUAUGGUGGAUAAAAAAGUAAAAUACUCCAGUAAUAGAUUAUGAUUUGUUCAAUGACUGUAAACGCAUAAGCUGAAUCAUCUGACAGGUGUAAAACCAGCAUUUUCAUGAGCUCAAUCUUUCAGAAACGCCACUCCUGUCUAAAGCACACUGUGUGUAGUGAUCAACGAAAGGACGUUUUGCUGUGUUCUGCACAUUCUGACACUUUUAUACUCCUGAGAAAAGAAAAAAAAAAAAAAGAAGCUUACUAUGUCGUCUGUUGUUGUUAAUGUUGUCUAAUAGAGGACGUUCCUCUUGAUUUUGGAAGUUGUACGUGAACGGUUUACUUCUAUUUGGGCAGGAGAAAGCAAAGAUGUUUUUUUGUUUUGUUUUUAAUGAAUCAUACCUCAGUCCUGUGAGAUUUCAUUUAUUCUGCGCAGAUCAAGCGCAUAGAGGAAGCUUUGCACUGUGUACAAAAAGAAUGAGGGGUUUUCUCUUUGCACAUGCUAGCUGUCACGACUGACCUUACACAGAUUUGAAGUAUGAAAAAUUGUUCAGUGAAUGUUGCUUUUAUUUUUCUGCCGCUGGCGUCCAGAACGCAGGUCGAGAAGAAGCCAAACGAAAAGCAAUCUAUUACUGGUGCGCUCAGAUUUCAUUUCAAGGACAUAGCGAGCCUUUUAUCUGAAAUAUUGACGUAUUUUAUUAAUAUACAGCCAGUUGAAGACACUGAAGAAGAAGAAAAAAUGUUGACCCAGAGCUGCUGAUGAGUUUUGUUUUUAAGUUGAAAAGCUGUUUUAGGUCAAAUGCAUAUAUAUAAAUAAAUAAAAUGCAGAUUUUUAAUGUUCUGAUAUGUAUAUUCUGAUGUAAAUGUGUCUUUUUCUGCUGCAGGUGUAAACUGUUUUUUUGUUUAAUGACUUCUCUUUGAUUUGGUGUAGUCUGGUGGACGGAGGUGUGUUAAACCCAGAGCCUCCAAAAGAUUUACAGCUCCAGUUAUAUUUAACAUCCGGAAGGAAACUGAGCAGAAGAUGGAGGAAAACUAUUGUAAUGUUCAAAUGUAAAAGAAAAUGUAAAAACAAAACAUUAAAAAAAAGGAAACGAA